AUGACUGCCAAAGGGUCGGCUUCCGAGUUGACUGUACGAACUCAUGUUGUCAUAACUCGUAUUUUGAGGCCAUUGCGAUCAUUGGCUGGCUACAUUAAAGAAGCGAAAGCGAAAAUGACUGAGAGCAUAAGGUAUAAUUGGGCGGCCGACGGAUUGGAGCGUGAAGCUCUUGAUGCUUUUUCAUCAAUGUUUCCUCCAGUGUUUGCCAUAGGCCCUCUGCAGUUACUUGAAGAAAAGCAAAUCCCUAAAAAUAGUGAACUAGAAAAUAAAGUAUUGAAUAUGUGGACAGAGGAUUUAGACUGUCUCACUUGGCUCGAUAAAAAAGAACCGAGCUCAGUUAUUUACGUAAACUUCGGUAGCGUGGCUCGGAUGUCAUCCAAAGAGCUAUUGGAAUUUGGUUGGGGACUUGCCAAUAGCAAACAAAUUUUUUUGAGGGCAAUCAGACCCGAUUUGGUGUUGGGUGAAUUUGCGAUUUUUCCAUCUGAGUUUGAGGCUGAAAUCAAAGAUAGGGGACUAUUGCACUGGGGAUUGGGCAUGGAGAUAACUAACGCGAAAAGGGAGGAAGUGGAGAGGGUUGUGAGAGACCUCAUGAUUGGAGAGAAUGGGAAGAUGAUGAAAGCAAAAGCCGUGGAAUGGAAGAAGGUUGCCGAAGAUGCUGUCAACGCUCCAACUGGAUCGUCCUGCAUAUGGAUUUCGACAACUUGGUUAACAAGGGGUCCUCCUCUCCAAAUAUCAAAAUACUAA